GGCUCGAGUGCCUCUCUCGGUGCUCGGGAUCCCCCCGCUCUUCGGCUGCAGCGCACAGCUUGGCCAGCGUCCGGUUGCGGCGCCCCCAGGGAGAGCUCUCUCGCGCGCGGCCGAUGGCGCGGACCGGCGCCGAGCCCCGCCUGGCGCCCCUCGCCAGCACCUUCCCGGUCUGGGGCGAGCCGCCCCGCGCCCGCAAGCGCAGCCACAGCCACUCGGGGUACGCGCCCCACCAUCUCCAGCCGACGCUCGACAACCUCGAGGAGGGGCGCGGCAGCGGAUGCCGUUGUGCCCUGUCGGGCGUGGCGGCGUGCACCUCCGCCGACUCGGACGGCGGCUCGACCUCUGCGCCCAGGAGCCGCGCCUCGGAGGCCCCGGGCAGCCCAAGGGGGGACGAGGAGCAGGCGGGCGGCCUCGACGAGGAGAGCGCGCCGGAGCUGUGGCCGGACACCGACGAAGACGACGAGGCGUUCGAGUGGACGCCCUGCAGCAGCCGCAGGGGUGCCGCGGUCCCGGCUCCUGUCGGCGCAGGGGCCUGGGCGGAAGGCGCGGCUUGCUUCGCGUUCCUGGCGCCGCCGAAGGUUUUCGCCACGGCUUCGGCCAGCAUGGCCGCGUGCUCCCCGGCGGUGGCUGCAGCCCUGCGCGCGCCGCCAUCAGUGCUGCUGGCCCCAGUGCACUUGCGCGGCCACGCCGGGGCAGUGCCGCCAGGCGCCCUCGGACUGCCAGUGCCGACGCAGGCCGAGCUGCGGGCGCCCGCGCCCCGCGUGCCACUAGUGCUCCAGACGGUGGCCGCCGUGGCGUUCGGCGGCCAGCGUUCACCGGUGACCCACACUGUGCUGGCUGGUGCCGCGGCCACCUCCCCGUGCGGCGCCGAUAGCCUGGAGUCCGCCAUGCGGGCUGCCGAGUCGACGUUGGCGGCCAUCGAGGCGGAAGAGGCGGCGCCCGCGGCGGAAGGCCCCGGCUGCGCUGCAGCCUCCCAGCAGGGGUCAGCGACGGCGGCAGCGCGGGUGGCAUGCGCGGCAGUGGGCGCGGCGGGCGCUGCGGCAGCGGCCCCACGUCGCGCGCAGCCGGCGGGCACGGGGAGGGCCGCGCGGCAGAUCAAGCAGGGUGUGACCUCCCUGAUGCUGCGCAGCCUGCCCCAGGAGGUGAGCCAGCACGAGCUGCUGGAGGAGGUCCACCGCUCGGGCUUUGCCGGCAGAGUGGAUUUCUGCUACAUGCCCCGCGAUUUCGCUUCUCGCAAGAACAAGGGGCACGCCUUCUUCAAUUUCGUCUCCAGCGAUGUGGCCACCGAGUUCCAGAGGGCGUGGCACGGGCGCCCGACUUGCGCGGGCCGCCCGGUCGGCGGGCGCGGGCUCGACGUUUCUGUGGCCACAUUGCAGGGCCUGGACGCGAACAUCAGCAGGUGGGAGGGGCCCCGCUUGAGGCGCGUGCGCAACCCGGACUUCCAGCCCUUCGUCCUGGACCGCCGCGCAGCCCACGCGGCGGGCCGCCCCUGAGGACCCGGUCACGCGUGAGAGUGACCUUUCGCCAGAGUGACCUUGGCUGUGGGCCCACCAGGGCCCCCCAGCAAUUGCCUGCGCGCUUGGAUAUGGCCCCCCACAUUGGACGCCGCGUUAUCCAGGAUGACUCUGGUCCAGGGUAACUCCAGUUCGGGCCCCCAACGCGCGAACCAGCAGCUACCCCUGACCGCCCCCAGCCCCGAUGAUUCGGGAGUGGUUGGACGCCCGAGUUAUCCGGGAUACCUCCGGUCUGGGGUAACUCCUGCAGUUGCCCCCGACAGCCCCCAGCCCCGAUGAUCUCGGGGCUCUGACCACGGGCGCGCAACACAGGUCACCCCUGCCGAGGGUCACCUCUGCGCUCUGUGCCCAGCCGAAGGAGGGCCUGGCCGCUCCAGGCCGCCGCUUCGGCAGGGCCAACGAGCGCGGGAAAGCCCAGCGUCUGAGUAUGAGCACUCCUGCGGGCGGCACCUCCUCUGGCCCUUCCCGUCUGCUCCCACCUCCUCCCUCCUCCUUCUCCUCCUCCUCCUCCUCCUCCU